UUAGUCCCAUGGUCAGAACUGAAUAGUUGGCCUGAGGAACGUGUGUCUGGGAUGUCAACGUUUCCCCAAGAACUGCAAUCUAUCUGUGGCCUGGUCCUGGUGUCAGAAGUUAGCCUGGUUGUGGUGUCAGAAGUUAGCCUGGUUGUGGUGUCAGAAGUCAGCCUGGUUGUGGUGUCAGAAGUUAGCCUGGUCGUGGUGUCAGAAGUUAGCCUGGUUGUGGUGUCAGAAGUUAGCCUGGUCGUGGUGGUUUGUUUACAUGUACAACUUUCUCCGACACUGCCACAGAAAGACCUGUUUUAUGCCACUCCUUCUUUGUCUCAUUUUGAGCACCAAACAUUUUAUACUGUGCCUGAAUGCACAAAAGGUGACCUUUGUUGAUGUUAUUGAUUUGCUGGUUAGCCUGGUUGUGGUGUCAGAAGUUAGCCUGGUCGUGGUGUUAGAAGUUAGCCUGGUCGUGGUGUUAGAAGUUAGCCUGGUUGUGGUGUCAUUGUUAGCCUGGUUGUGAUGUCAGAAGUUAACCUGGUUGUGGUGUCAUUUUUAGCUUGGUUGGGGUGUCAUGUUUAGCCUGGUUUUGGUGUAAUUUUUAGUUUGGUUGUGGUGUCAGAAGUUAGCCUGGUCGUGGUGUCAGAAGUCAGCCUGGUUGUGGUGUCGGAAGUCAAUCUGGUUGUGGUGUCAGAAGUUAGCCUGGUCGUGGUGUUAGAAGUUAGCCUGGUCGUGGUGUUAGAAGUUAGCCUGGUUGUGGUGUCAUUGUUAGCCUGGUUGUGAUGUCAAAAGUUAGCCUGGUUGUGGUGUCAGAAGUUAGCCUGGUUGUGGUGUCAUUGUUAGCCUGGUUGUGGUGUCAGAAGUUAACCUGGUUGUGGUGUCAUUUUUAGCUUGGUUCGGGUGUCAUGUUUAGCCUGGUUUUGGUGUAAUUUUUAGUUUGGUUGUGGUGUCAGAAGUUAGCCUGGUCGUGGUGUCAGAAGUCAGCCUGGUUGUGGUGUCGGAAGUCAAUCUGGUUGUGGUGUCGGAAGUUAACCUGGUUGUGGUGUCAGAAGUUAGCCUGGUUGUGGUGUCAGAAGUUAGCCUGGUCGUGGUGGUUUUGUUUACAUGUACAACUUUCUCCGACGCUGCCACAGAAAGACGUGUUUCAUGCCACUCCUUCUUUGUCUCAUUUUGUCCACCAAACGUUUUAUACUGUGCCUGAAUUCACAAAAGGUGAGCUUUGCUGAUGUUAUUGAUUUGCUGGUUAGCCUGGUUGUGGUGUCAGAAGUUAGCCUGGUCGUGGUGUUAGAAGUAAGGCUGAAACGACGCGUCGACGUAGUCGACGUCAUCGGUUACGUAAAUACGUCGACGUCAUUUUUGUGCGUCGGCGUGUCGCAUAUUUACGUCACACAACUGUCAUGGCGGAGCGCAGAGCAAACGAUGCGAGCGAGGGGAAAAAAACACGCCAAAAGUCGUCAAAAGUGUGGGAGUAUUUUAAUAAACGGCCUAAUAAUGUUGUUUUAUGCACACUGUGUCGAGCGGAAAUGGCGUAUCACAGCAGCACAACGGCUAUGAACGAGCAUCUAAAAAGAAAACAUCCGACAGCGUUCUUCCCAUCACCAUCAACGAGUCAAUCAUCCGCCAAACGACAAAGCAGUGUCCAGGAUUUUUUUCCAAAGAGGCAUGGGACUGAAUGCACACCCCAAGUGGCCGCUGACCUGACUGAUGGUGUCCUGGAAAUGAUGGUCAUAGACAUGAGGCCAUUAAAUAUGGUAGAAGGGGAAGGGUUUCAAAAAAUGAUCAAACGGUUUCACUCUGGCUACACACUACCAUCAAGAACCCACUUCACUAAGCUUAUGGAGCAAAAAUACACAAAGAAAAUGAAUGAAGUCAAAGCAAUCCUGAAAAAUGUGAAAGGAAAACUGACACUCACAACUGAUGCAUGGACAAGUAUGGCCACUGAAGCUUACCUUGGUGUCACCAUUCACUUUGUUAAUGAUGAGUGGGAGCUUGCCUCAAUUAACUUGACAACAAUGCCCCUCAAUGAAAAGCACACUGCAGAAAACAUUGCCUCUUGGAUUGAGGAUGUUGUCAAUAAGUUUGAAAUAAACAUAAAACUAGUACAAGUCAUUGUACAUGACAAUGCUGCAAAUGUUGUUGCAGCUUUAAGAGUUCUUGAGGAAAGACAUGGUGUUUCAUCCCUCAGAUGUGUUGGCCAUACUCUACAGCUUGUAGUUAACCAUGCUCUAAAGGACAACCACAUCAGCAGAGCUUUAGGAGCAGCAAGAAGUUUGGUCGAGCACUUCAGAAAAAGUGAGCUAUCCAGUACAAAACUAAAGGUUAAGCAAAAACAAAUGGGUUCUCCAGACCACAGCCUCAUACAAGAUGUGUCUGUGAGAUGGAACAGUUCCUUUUACAUGAUUAGUCGCCUGCUUGAGCAGAGGUGGCCAAUAACCGCAACUCUGUCAGAUCCGGAGGUCACUCAAAGAGGGAAGCAUUUUCUGGAUCUUAAGGCUGACCAGUGGAGCUUGCUUGAAGAACUUGAACAAGUUCUGAAACCUUUUGAAUGUGCAACUGUGUACCUGAGUGGAGAAUCUUAUGUAACAGUUUCCGCUGUCCCUCUGCUGGUCAAAGGGCUUCGGAAGGCUACACAAACUGCUUUUGAAAAUGCAUCAAUCAAGUGUUUCCAGGUCACUGCUGCACGUGAGAUAACAUCCAGGUGGGAAGCCGAGACCACAUUCAAAGAUGAUGGACCAAAUGUGUGCAUAUUAGCAGCUGCACUUGACCCACGAUUCAGGAAGCUGAAAUUCCUGACUGCAGAUGAGUGUUUAAAAGUUCAAUACAAGCUGCAUGCAAUAGUUCUGGAGGAGAAAAGAAGGGAAAAGGAAACACACGCUCAACAGGGCACAGCAAUGCAAGUGGAAAGACCAGAUGCUGACAGGCGGCCUGUAUCUUUACUAGACACACUUCUUGGCUCAGAUUCAGAUGAACUCAGCAACAAUGAGGAAGACAACAAUGACAGUAAUGAUGCUGAAAUGGUCAGAAACGAGUUAGUGUCUUAUUUUGGAGAAUCCCCCAUUUCCAAGGAUGAAAACCCAUUAAAAUGGUGGAAAGAACAUCAGGCAAGGUUUCCAAAUCUGGCAAUGCUGGCUCGGUCUUACCUCUCAGUUCCAGCCACCAUCGACCCCUUCUGAGCGCCUAUUUUCAGCUGCUGGGAAUAUUGCAAACAAGAAAAGAACCAGCCUCACCCCAGAGCAUGUAGACAUGCUAACCUUUCUUCAUUACAACUGUUAGUCACUCACUGGAAUGAGUAGAAUUGGUUAUAGUGUACUGUGUUGGACUGGAUGUUUAUUUUGCACAUUUUAAAAGCAAUACUUAAUGUUUACAGUGCUCCAGAAUAUUUAGAUUGGCACAAAUGUUUACAGUGUUACAGAAUGUUUUGCCAUGUUUUCAAUGUUGACUGAGUGGCCAUACUUUUUUUUUUUGUAAAUAAAAGCCAUGCCUUUUGAA